UAUUAGGUUCCCCCGUCCUAAGAAGCAGAAUUAGCCACUGGAAUCUUGUGCACUUGUUUCCUUCACUCCCGGCAAAGCGGUGACAGCAUGAAAGGAAAACACAGAGAAAAUACAGACAGACACAGAGUAUUACAGGCUUUUUGAAACGAAGAGGAUAAAGAGAGCGAGAGAACGGAAGAUGAAGAAGCUGAACAUCAAGAUGCUUGUCGUUUGAUGCAGCCACACUGUGGGCAUGUGGCUGCCUGCACCGAGCAUUUCCUUCUUCACUCCCCAGCUGACUGGUGCCAGUUCUGCGCUCACGACGCUGAGUGUUUAUUUAUUUAUAUUUCUACAAUAAUGUGAGCGUACUUUUUUUUAUUCCACUCAAAGAGGACGGUAUCUCUGUGGUACUUUACGCUGGCUGACACACUGACCUCCGGACUCUCUACUGGUCAAAGGAGCUGGAUCGCAUUGAGCAUCGCGAAGCGCAGAAGCAACCAAUGUGGGGCUCAGGAGGUGUAAACCGCCCAGGGCCUGUCCCGGCCUUCCUCAGGAGCCCACCUGUCAUCCCACCUCCACUGGAUAUGAAGCCGUUCCUCCAGUUCCCCCUGGAAUCGCCUCACCCAGCCAGCAUCGGCCUCUUCCACAACUUUAACACAAUGGACCCUGUCCAAAAGGCUGUGAUGACGCACACCUUUGGGCCACCUAUGAUGAAGACAAAGCGGCCAAUCAUCUCCUGCAACGUCUGUCAAAUACGCUUCAACUCAGAGAGCCAGGCAGAAGCCCACUAUAAAGGGAACCGUCAUGCUCGAAGGGUGAAGGGUAUCGAGACUUCCAAAACAACCCGUCUCCAGGAUGGUGACAAGCAACACCAUCCCCCUCCUGCUUCACCCUCCCCACCAGGCCCUUUACCAUCCAGCCCUGAGCCUGAUCCUAACAAUAAUAAACAGGAUGACAAUCAGUCCUGUCCCAACUCUAAAGAGUCACCGUCAACCCCUAGCUGCCUUCCUACUUCCACACCAAGCUCAGCAGAUACAGAGUGCCCCCUCUUGCCUUCUGUCAACACGCCUUUGCCACCGUCUCCUUCCCCUUCUGCAGCCCUCAGUACACCCUCUGUGGAUUCAGCAGCACCAGCAGCAGCUGGUCUUCCUGACACCCCGUCCCCAGCACCCAGCCCAUCUUCAGGAGAGUCGGAGGAAGAGAAAGCCAAAAAGCUUCUCUACUGCUCCCUUUGCAAAGUGGCUGUUAAUUCCCUCUCACAACUGGAGGCACACAACAAAGGUACCAAACACAAAACUAUUCUGGAGGCUCGAAGUGGACUGGGACCGAUUAAAGCUUACCCACGCUUGGGUCCUAAACCCAGCCCUGAGCAGGGAGGGGAGCUCUCCUCUGACCCUAACACUCAGGAACGCACCUUCCACUGUGAGAUCUGCAACGUCAGAGUCAACUCUGAGCUGCAGCUUAAACAGCAUAUAUCUAGCCGGAGGCACCGCGAUGGAGUCGCAGGGAAACCUAAUCCUCUUCUCAGUCGGCACAAGAAGCGCACAGACUUUAUGGAACUUCCAAAAACCCUAGGGGCUGGACUUUUACCAAAUCCUCUGGCUGUUGCUGCAGCAAUGGCAGCAGCAGCGUCCUCAAAUCAGCUGGCACUACGUCCUCCCGGCCCAGCCUCCCAUCCUCAUCCUCACCCCCAUCACCACCUCCUACAGGGAACACCCCUCAGCCUGCUGAGGCCAGCCCCAGGACCCAUCCGCACCACACAUGGGCCAAUCCUCUUCACUCCUUAUUAAUGCUGAAAGAGCGAGGACAAAUCAGGAAGAAGCACACUGUGAAUCGGAGGCCGGUAACCACGUGCCAUCAAGAGCCAAACCAGCUGGUGUUUCUCCAGCUGGUUUUUCAGGAUGAUAAAAACAUGAACAUGGCUCUUAAUGGCGCAUUGUGUAGCGAUAUACGUUUCCAUCCUCUCCAGUUUCCAUCAAGCAUGGACUUCUUUGAGCAUCCUCCAGUCUGCAGCUGACUAAAUACCUGCAUCUGUCAUAAGAUCCACUACAUUGGACUGAAAACCCUACCUCUCUUAAGUUUAUGGUUCAUCUGCAAGGAUUCAUUACAUAUCCAAACGUUAACAAACAUGCCCGCUGCAGUUAGGUGUAGUAGUUGCCUCUGAUGUUAGCUGGUAUCCAUACUGUAGCUGUAAGAGUAUAGUGGAUUGUACCACUGUAAUUUUUUCUAUUUUUAUUUUUUGCUUUUGUAGCCUAUGAAGAGAAGAAGGUGCCCACAGUGAUGAUACAAUGUCUGCAGUUUCUGGCAAACAUUUUCACAGCUGGCUUUUGUCUGUAUUGUGUCAGGUUUACAGAAAUAAGGGGUGAUAAGAAGAACAGGAAAUACAUAGUUGUUACAGGAAGUCUUAAAGCAGAAGUGAGUAUUAAGUAAUGGUAAUCAUAGAUCAUUGGCUACCGAUGCACUAUGCAGCUCUUGGUGUUUAUUCUUAGGGUUCUAAGAGGAACCACAAGUUUAGACAUUAUAAGAAACAGAGAACAAGAGGAAAUACCCGUGCUAACUCUGUUAAAUCCCCUAAACUGUUUUUCUGAUGAUCUUCUGAUUAUCCCCAAGUCAUCACAGAUCGUGUACAUAAAAGUCUCACAAAGCACACAAGCGGUGAGAAAUAUAAGUGAAAAUGUCUUCAUUAUUUUAUCAUCUACACAACACUGUGGAAAACAGAAAAUUUUCAGUGUCUUAAUGGACUGACUUUCACAAGCCGAGCACAGCAGGACAGUCGUUGACUCAUGGCUUCUAUUGCAGUUUGUGCACAUUAAAAAGACUGCAUUUCACCACUAUCUGAAUGAAGUGGAAACAGUGUGAUGAAAGACACCAGCAUUGAAGCAAAAAGGACCACAUGCACAGAUGGGAAGUUGUAUGCAAAAAAAAACUUUUUUGACAGUGUUACAGGUUUGUGUUGGGAUAAAAAUGUUUUGUUUGUCUGCUCUGCCUCGUGUGCUCCAAUCUGCAUCACCCAAAGUAUCCCAGUGAAAACUGUUGGCUUGCGAAACUUUAGAGGGAAGCUUUAGGAAAUGGAAACUGUAGCAAUACUUUAAGCACUCCUGCUAACUUUUCUUGUCAACUGCAAUAAAAAAUGUCUUCAAAUGUGAUAAAUGUUAUUUAGGAUUAGGGUACUGAAACGUUGCUGUAAACGUAGAUUAAUAAAAAAUAAUAAUAAAUGGUUCAAGUCUGGGAUUCCUAAAUGUUAAAUCUAAGUAAAAUUAUAUAUAUUAAAAAAAUCAUUAAACUGAAUUUAUGGUUAUAACAAGUGGUGACUG